CUCCUCCUCCUGACCCCGCCCCUCUCCCGCUCAGAGAGCGCUUCCGCUUCCGGCGCUCAUCCCUUGCCUGGCUGCCUCUCCAGAGGUUCCCGUCGAGCUGUCGAUGACUUAAUCCGCAGCUGCUGCACCCUUCUGCUGUCCUGCCCUCAUGGACUAAAGUUGGCCCAAAAGGCACAAGCCUGGCAUUAAAAGGGGCGGGGAACCACCUGUGUUGCACCCUGGGUGUGGGUGGGUGUUAAGGCGUAAAUUGAUUGUUCUUGUUCUUGUAUGUGUGUAGAGCAAGAAGCAAGGUAGUGAUAGCCAUAACAAGGAGAGAAAUGAGGUGCUGUUGUUUAUAGCAUGGAAGGUGAAAGUGCUUGACUCUGUUUUUGGAGUUGGCAUUUGCUUCUGUGCAUCGGCUUAGUGUUGGGUUUCUGCUAUAACAAAGGACAGGUGAGCUAUAGCAAGAAAGCAGUCACUGUUGUCAUGAUGGUGUGAUGUUGUAAGGGUACAUUGAUAGGAGAAAAACAAGUUGUGGUGAACUAUUUAAUAGCACGAGAAAUAUAUGUAGCAUUGGAAUUACGUAAAACUAAGUCUUCUGCUUUGUCAGGUAUUUUAAGACAAGUGGAUAUUUGAUUUCAAGACACAGAUGUUUAAGCCUUUCUUUAGGGGAGCCACAAAUAAAAGGAAAAAGUGAGGCUUUGUGCAGUAGGGUCUAAUGAGGAAGGAACAGGCAAUGUGGUUAAUGAUGGCAGAUUAGGGAAAACUGCUGAAAUGAACAUGAGCAAAUCUAUGUUGGGACCUACAUGAUCAAAACGUGCUCCCUUGUAUCAGGUUUAAUUUGACACCUAGAGAUUGAUACUAAAUCAAUUAAGGAUGGAAGGGGUUGAAAGGAACAGCUCCAUAUUCUCUCCAAGACCGUUUCAAGAAUGGAGUCUGGCCUUCUGGACUCUGUGCUCGGUGAUGGUUCCCGUACUGAUCACCUUGUGGUGCAGCUUUCGUCGAUCUCGGAGGCAGGAACUGAUGCAGGACAUUUUGCGUAAGAGCAAGCACAAUUGGCAGGACACAGAUCUCUUCAGCCAGCCCACCUAUUGCUGCAUCUGCUCUCUGCACAUCCUUCAGGGAGCUUUCUGCAACUGCUGUGGGCUGUGUGUCGAUGAAGAGUGCCUGAAGAAGGCUGACCGGCGUUUCCUCUGCAAGGAAAUAAUAAUGAGGGGUGAAAGCGGCUUCAGGACCUCUAUGGUACACCAGUGGAUCCGUGGCAACGUCCCUCUGUGCAGCUACUGUGUCGUGUGCAAACAGCAAUGCGGUACCCAGCCCAAGCUGUGUGAUUACAGGUGUGUGUGGUGUCAGCAAACCGUACACGAUGAAUGUAUGCAGAGCGCUUUGAAGAACGGGACGUGUGAGCUAGGAGAAUUUCGCAACUUAAUUAUUCCUCCAUAUUACUUAUUCAACGUCAGUCAGAUGCGAAAAGACAAAAGAGUGGACUAUGGCAAGCUAGCUGCCUCCUGUGGGAAAAACUGGACUCCCCUAAUCAUUCUGGCUAAUACUCGGAGUGGAAACAAUAUGGGGGAAACAUUGCUUGGGCAAUUUAAGAUGUUACUAAACCCAAUUCAGAUUUUUGAACUAACCAAAACAACACCUGCAAAAGCACUGCAGCUCUGCACUUGGUUGCCUUGCAAUUCUGCUAGAGUACUUGUCUGUGGUGGAGAUGGCACCGUGGGCUGGGUCUUGGAUGCGAUUGAUGACAUGAAGAUCAAGGGCCAAGAGCGCUACAUCCCACAGGUUGCGAUCUUACCCUUGGGAACGGGAAAUGAUCUGUCAAAUACACUGGGCUGGGGGGCUGGCUAUGCCGGAGAGAUCCCCGUGGAGCAGAUUCUGCGCAACGUGAUGGAUGCUGAUGGAAUCAAGCUGGAUAGGUGGAAGGUUCAGGUAACAAACAAAGGAUACUACAACUUAAGGAAGCUUAAGGUCUUCACAAUGAACAACUACUUUUCCACAGGUCCAGAUGCCCUCAUGGCUUUAAACUUCCACACCCAUCGUGAGAAGUCUCCCUCUCUCUUUUCCAAUAGGAUUAUUAACAAGGCGGUAUAUUUUUUCUAUGGGACCAAAGAUUGCUUAGUACAGGAGUGUAAGGAUUUGAACAAAAAGAUUGAGCUAGAGUUGGAUGGAGAGAGAAUUGAUUUGCCCAGCUUGGAAGGCAUCAUAGUUCUGAAUAUCGCCUACUGGGGAGGUGGCUGUAGACUGUGGGAAGGAAUGGGGGAUGAACUUUACCCUCCGGCAAGGCAUGAUGAUGGGCUGCUGGAAGUUGUCGGAGUCAAUGGCUCUUUUCACUGCGCUCAGAUUCAAGUGAAACUCGCAAAUCCCAUUCGGCUGGGACAGGCCCACACUGUGAGGUUAAUCUUGAAGAAUUCAAAGAUGCCAAUGCAGGUGGACGGAGAGCCCUGGGCACAAGGCCCUUGCACUGUCACCAUUACGCACAAGACGCACGCGCUGAUGCUCUAUCACUCAGGGGAACAGACAGACGACGACGACGUGUCCAGCGUAUCCGAACAAGAACUUGCCAAGGAUCAGACAGAUGAAGAUACCUAGGUCUGGGCCAGGUUUUUGGCAUGCUAAAAAUGGUAACUCCAGCUUGGCUUUGGCUGAAAAGCUUAGCACUAGAUAUUCCGUCUCCAGUAAACCUCUUAACGCCAUGCCAAUCUCUGUACUUACAACUGGCACAGGAGUAACUAAGCCAUGCUUUUAGUGAGAUAGCGAUAUAGAUAUAUAUAAAAGCUGAACCAGGCUUAAAUUCAGCAAGCACUUUUACUCUGGUUUAUAGCACCAAGCUGAAGCAGGUGGAGAAAGAAACUUUCAUGGUUACUUUACACUGACUGCUCUGCAGACUGAAUGCCACCUUCUGUAGGCUUUCUCUCAGAGUUUGUGUAUAGUCCUAUGGACUAGCUGCUGGUGUCUGUGAUGUCUAAUUGUGUAGAUUUGAAGAGCAUGAAGAAAUGUCGUUUGGGGACAUAUGGGCUCAGUGCUGAUAGGCGCCUGUCUGAUCGCUUGAGAACCCUGUGGACUCAAGUGCUCCUUUUCCAUCCCAUUUUUCUCAUGAAUUCCCCCUUCCUUUCCCUUCCCUCCUCCUCCUUCUUUGAGCCAACCCUGGUGCUAAGUCGUAUCAGCACCAGGGUUUUCACUACCCGUGGUUAGCUUUGAAAAUGAAAGUGAAUAGGGAAUUUGCACGUGAGUGAAGUAUGAUGAACCACAGGAUACUCUCGAUGGGGCAAGCGCUAUGUCUGCACCAGACCAUGACUAGCUUCAUUUUCAAUAAUAAAAUCACAGCACCAGAUGUUAUUUGACUUGCACUUAGUGUCGCUAGGCCUCAUAGAUAUUUAAAAACCAUUGCAUAUCACAGCACUUGAUAUUAUUACCUUCUUAGGUGAUGAACAGAGAGAGUUCCUGAACAGUAAGUUGCUUAUCUAACCAGUCAAGACCUGAUAGAUACUUAUGGUUCUGGUUUUCAAAGAAGAGUAUUCGUUUGACCAGUACGUAAUGGUUCCUUCCUCACUGGCUGAUCAGAGAUUAAAAAGAUGUGUUAGAUCCCUGAAUUAUGCUUAUACAAGACAAUAGCAACAAAUAUUCUAGAUGAAACUGUCCAGUGCAACUGUAGUCUUGUUUUCAGGGAAACAGAUUUGCAAAAUUCAGUAACCAAAGCUUCGCCACCUGACUGACAGUCCCAGUACUUGUAAUUUUAAAUUUCAAAGAAUUCCUAAAUAGCCUGUGAACGAUGCACUGAUUCCGUUCAGACCACUUUGAAAGAAGAACUCAAAUGAGAACAUAUUAUCCACUAUCUCCGAGUCCAAUCCCAAAUUGCCUUCUGUUUGCAGAAGGGACUGCAAUCCAGCAGGGACUCCUGAUGGAAAAAAAGGAGGAGGCAAGUUUCAUUUAUUUCCCCCUCACUGUUCCAGGGUGUCCCCUAACCUUCCAAAGUAGAUUUUCAGGGGGCUGUAAAUUGAAACAGGAAUUGGUGGAAAUCACUCUUGCCACUGGGAAGCACACUCCAAGUCUGCUUAGGUUACAGAUACUUUUUUGUUUUUUGCUUCUUGUUCACAAAUCCCACUGAAACAAACCAAAGUAGCACAAGGAUAGAAAUUCCUCCUUGUUUCAGUGAGGCUUGUGGAGGGAUACAUUCCUGGCAUAAUAUGCCUUUGGUCUUAACACUGAAUUAUUCUUUCCCCCUUAGGAAAGAUUCCCAACUCCAUGUGUAUGUGUGGUAGUACUUCUAAGAGACCGUUUAGUAAUGCACGUUAUUCACUUGGGUAGUAUAAUUACAAGUUUUAGAAACACUAGCUUGUAUAGCUUAAAUUAAGAGUGCCCCCAUUCUCCUUUUGAGCGAAGGAAAAUUACGUCUAGAAAUCAGGCAAGUUUCAAUAUUGGUGAUAUAGUUUAAUAGUCUUGGGCUGGAGCAGACUAUGUAAAUUGACAGACCAAUUAUUAUCUGUUGAAGUCAGGGUGGUUGUGUGUUAGUUUUUGUGUUAAACCUUUUUUCACUGGACUGAUUUUGCCGGUCAACUAGUUGUAUUCUUAAGCUAUUUGUAGCGUUAGCAGCGUGCUUGAAGGUCCAUUUGACUCCAUGUAUGUCUUCCGUUGCACAGGACAGUUCCCAAAUAUGCAUGGAAUGAAUAUGUUGUGUUAUUGAGAGAAAUGCACGCCAGUGAUAGCCAGGACUUCAUGGCCGGGGUAUCAUUGCUGUAGGACUUCUUGGUCAGCACCGGUCUCUCGAUAACCAUGUCCAAGAAUUUGUUCUAUGGGGAACAUCACUGCUCAAAAAGACAAAAGGGGCCUUCAAUCACCACCUGCACCUUGUUGAAAAUGGUUACAAAUUCUUGUGUACCAUCUUAGCUGAUAAGAACAGCAAAGAGGUAUAUGAAAAGUCAUUAUCCGUGUCCUCAAAGCACUUGACCAAGAAACAGAUUCCGAGCUGCUAGGUGGAUGUUAAUAGAGACCUAACCAUUUGAUUUCUGUUCUUAUUUAUUUGAAUGAUUCCUAUGUAAGUGCUACGCUCUGAUUUUGAGUGUCCUGGUGUUUACAUAGUAGGCAUUUCUGCAAGUGGAUUCCGGAAAUAAUCUGCUGAAUAUGCUUUACCGUUUCCUACUGAAGAAUGUAUUAUUAGUUCAGCACCUUGGAGAGGUAGCAAUGCACUUUCACCUUUAUUCUUCUGUUACCUGGACCAUUUCAUUCUGCCAGACUGCAAGGACAUUCCAGCUUUGAGUUGCUUCCUGUGCCAUCGUACUAUUCAUCUAGCUAUCAAGGGGCCAAUCUGAGCAGCUGUUGGGCUCUGUAGGAUAGGGUUGUAACACUCUCGUUCUGGUUGAUGCAUUCUCAGACCACCAGGAGUCUUCCAGGUGGGGUGGGCCCUUCUACUAUACGAUGCAGUUAUAAGCAGGCUUCUCCAGUUUGUGAAAUCUUACAUUUGUCACGCUCUCUCCUGUUUCCAUGCUUAAUCCCUGUGCUCCUCAUUACAUCAAAACAACAGUGAGAGGUGCAAGGGCAUGCCUGCUGCAAAUAGAGGAUUUCUCAGGCUGUUGGGUGUGUGAGCUGGUUUUAGUCUGUUCAUGUGACGCUCCAGUUUGGUUUCAAUAUUUGUUCCUGUAAAUCAGCUAGGGAACACACCCUUGAGAGGAAAUAUCAGCUCUUUUUUUAAUUACUUAAACUACUGAAUCUUGAACAAAAUUCAACGGACUUGGCAACUCCCUCAAACAGUGCAGUUGAUCAGUUAUCCAAAAGGGGGUGCUCAGCUACUGAGUUACAGCUCUAACAUGAGCUGUGGUUUCCCCACUCAAGUAGUUUACAUUAUGACUAGAUUUGUAAGAAUCUGUUGUUGUUUAACACUUCCUGAUCUUCUGCUGCUGCUGCUACUAACCACCCAGAGUGGCUGGGACAACCCAGUCAGAUGGGUGGGUACAAAUAAUAAAAUUAUUAUAACCUGGAAUGAACAGUUAUUGCAUUAAGAUGUGGCAAGCUGUGUGGAAUGCCCAUAUCACACAGACGUUCCAUUUGAUUCAGGUGAUCUAUUUGCCUAUCUGGCAGCUUUUCGCACCGCUAUGGUGCAGUGACCACUUGGAUGUGUGGCUGUCUGGAUGGUGUGAUGAGUGGAUAAGCCCUUGGCUGCUGUAAUGUGCAAACCUUCUAAUGAGCGACUAGAGAUAAGGCAGAAACAGCUACCAAGAAGAUUGCCACCCCUUGCUUCUGUCAUGGCAUUGGGAGUAUAUAGUAAAUAUCCUGGAGCAAAGUUCUCCAAAACCAUUGGCAAUACUUAAGUAGCUUCAGCCUCUCUAACCAGCAAGAGUGAAGUGAAUUAAAAGUUACUGCUCCCUGGCUAGUGGAACUUUACAAACUGGUUUUGGAUAAGACUCAGAAGAGCAAACAGACACACAUGGUCUUGCUUUUUUAGAACUCUCUAAGGAAGUCUUUUUUUAAUUUAAAAAAUGGAAAUUGUUGGAUUGUGUGAAAUACUUUGCUACUGAAAUAAAGCGAUUAAAGCACUGAUGUCUAGUUGCUUUUCGAGUUUAUUCUUUUUAGAACAAUUUGUAUGAUAUGAUCUUUUACAAUCCGCUGCUUAAUGUCGUCGUGAGAACCUAGGCCAAUGAGAAACGUAGACCUGUCUGUUGUCUGAGCUUAUAUGGUCUGCAUCAGCUAAAAUAGUCCCCUUUUAACUUGUAAGUCAAAGUCCACCUUAUAUCUGAGUACUUUACAUAGCUUUCCACCCCUCGCCCUAAGAGGGGAAAAAAGGGUUGUAUCUUAUUUGUAGUGAAAUUAGGGCUGGUUGUGAUGGUGACAUUCCUGGCACAUCUCAAGGCAAAAAGCUGGGAGGCAAAAACCAGGAGUCCUCUCCUUACUGGUCAGAAGUAAAUCUGCUGCACAGAACUUGGGAGGAUUCCCCCAAAUGAUCCACAAGUUCAGAGCACCAGCCUCACAGCUCACUUGUGAGAAAGUGCCGCGCAUUUCUAGCCAUUUCAAAUGCUGGAAGGCACUCAAAUUCAGAAGUUAGUGUUGUGGUGCAUGUAGAGAGCAGCUUAUGCGCAGGGUCCCUCAUUCGAGAGAAUGAGAAGCCAGCAGAUACCUGAGCACAGGGACGCGUGUUUGGGUGUUGAUGCAAAUGAGGAGCCUGUUGCAGGUAAGAAGACUUGAGGUGCCCCCUUGGAGCUGCUGCUUCUGAUUCAGAUUUGCUGCAUUAGUUUUUAUGCACUGAGCGAAGCGGUGUGCUUUGGUUAUAGAUACAGGGUGAGCACUGCUGCAGACGCAGCCCUCCUCUUCCGCCUCUGUAAGUGGCAUGUAGGCCGAGUUACCUUGUAUCCUUACAAUAAGCAUUUCCUUCCCUCUGCCCUUUCUGUUGAUGGCAGGGAAAUUCUCAGCCGCAUGAUACCAACACAUAAGUUGGAGUAAGCAUUCCAGAUGGGGCGCUGGGAGUUUCAGCCCUGUGGCCCUUUAUAAGAGUUCUUCCGAAAGGUUAACCGUUUACGCUAUGUCAGGUAAAUUUUAGAAAAAUUCUGCUCCCUUUCGAGUGCAAACUGUCCUGCCAUGUCGUUCCCCGUUGCAAAUGAGAUGUCUCAUUUGUUUGCCCUCCAGUACCAGCACUGCAUCUUUCUCAGGUAUUUUUUUAUAGAUAUAUAAUUUAUGUUUGCUUGAGGUAUUUGCAUUCUAGGUUGUGUCUCUUUGUUUUUCCAAAUGCACACACUUCUAAAAUGGCUGUCUUUAAAUGUGAGCUAUUCUACCUUGCAAUGCUUUCCUUCUCGUGGAGCGGGGGGCGGGGAGUGCUAUUUUUCAGAAGGUGUGCGUGCUGUCCGCAUGUUCAGUUUGUGUCAACCAAAAGUCCCUAACCACUGUACUUGAUUGUCUUUGAAUUUGUCUUCAGGUUAACUAGUUGAAACAUAGAAGGCGUGCAGAAAUAAUUAGAGCGUGCAAGUGGUGGCUGCUCAUAGGGCAAGGAUGGUGUUUCAAGGCCUUGUGUUCGCACUGCUUAUUUUGAAAACUCAAUGCCAUUGGCAUAGUGGAUGCAGUUCCCUCCACUCACGAUCGCUCCGUUUUCUUCCUGAGAGAUGGUUGUUGCCCACCAUGGUCUUUGCAUAGCCAGAAUUGUGCUUUCAGGCUGGGGUUAUGUAGGAGAGGCAUGGAGGAGUUAACCAGCUUUUUCCAGGAUACACCCCAUGUUUCUGAUGGCAUGGGGAGAGAGAAAGAGAGAUGCUAGCCAAAGAACUGUCAUUCUGGCUUUCAGAAGUUCAAGGGCAUGUGUUAAUCCCUAGUCUGGGGUCCUUUCCUAAUGAGGAAAGAGCAACUAUGUGGCCAAAGCAAAUAUCAAUGAUGCUGGAUUUUCACCCCCAAUGUGACUAGUGAUUAGGGAUGAUGGAAGCUAUAUUCCAGCAGCUUUCAGGGGGCCACAGGUUUCCACUUCCCUGUGAUACAGUCUACGUCCUUGCUUAUGUUUGCUCACUUCUCACCAUGUCCUCUUCUCCACAACUAACUCUUGGAGACUGCUUUCCAUAAAAGGAUGCCCCCCCCAUUUUAACCGAAAUUGUAGAUAUAGGUCUGAUAAUAUUAUAGUUCUAAAUUAUAAUAAGGUGGAAUGUAGCCUCUAAUUAUCGCCCCUUGACCUGGGAAUUACAGCCCAAUUUUAGCCCCUUGACCUGGGAAGUCGGCUUAUAGCUGUGGCUGCCAGACUGUCACUCUUUUACAUACCAAAAUUUUAAGGUAGGGUACAUUUUUGCAACCUGGGAUGAAGUUCUGUUCUUUUUAAUGGGGCUUAAUUCUUAGUUAGCAUGUGUAGGAUUUCCCUCUAAGCCAGAGUAACUAUCCCUAAUAAGUCAGUUGUGGUUGUAGGUCUCUUUCUCUCUCUCUAUCUCAGUGGUCUCUGAAACCCUCAGAUAGCUCAUAGCUGAAAGGUGAAAAGGUAAAAUGACAUGUCUUGCUUUUAACCACAUCAUACCCUUUGGAUAGGUGCUGUCAAGAUGUGGUUGAAACAUGAAUGUGUUCAUCAUUGAAUGUGUUCUCUCAAAGAGCUUUGAGAGCUUAGGUGGAAUGAUAACUCAACCACACCUUCCCCUGGGUGGAAUCCAGUUUCACAAGGGUGGCUUAAGAGUUUUUUGGGGGGUUUUAAUGUCAGGCUGGUGGUCAUACUCUGAUUUUAGAAACCUGCUGUUCCAUGUCAGCACAUCUGAGUUGCCACCGCAGUGUAUAGCUGUUGUAAAUUAUUCCAAACGUCUGACCUGCUUUUCGGGGGCUUGGGGCGGCUAUCCUACAUGUGGGCAUUCUUGGGUUUUCAGCGUUUAAGUGAGAUUCCGCUUUAUCACAUCCCAGAGAUCCAGAAUCAGGGAAGUGACUAAUGCUUAGCUUUCACGGGUUACAGGUGAGGCAGUCAAAAUGUUCCUGAACUAUAGUCUCUCGGACUGCAGGUGGCAGAUUACAUAGAAGGAUCAUUUUCCAUUGGGGGAGAACCAUUUCUAGUUUUGUACGUACCUGUGAGCAGGCUAGGCUAGAACCCCUUUCCUUUCUAUGUGCACGAAUAUCUUUUUCCAUGAAAGAAGCCUUCAGUCUGAAGUGUUCAGGAACAGCUCCUCUCAGUGGGAACCAGGCCUCAGAGUCUGAGCUGAGACACCCAGGACUCGCUGGGUGGCAUCUUUUCACCCUCUGCUUAUCUUCUAUUUAAGGUGGGGAUGAGAAUACCAUUCUGUAUUAAAGGAAUGUUGUGAAAAGUACUAAGAUGACAUGAGGCAAUCCUUCAGAAUAUUCAAAGUGAUUUGUGAAACAGAAUUUUAACCUGCACAGCUCCCAAGUCCUACAAGCCGUCAGAAUCGGUUUUAAGAGUUCUCUGUACAUCUUUCUUUCCAUGUUGCUGCACAGGUGAUGUGCUAAAAAGAAACCUCUUGUCUCCUCUUUUUUUAAGGGACCCUGUUUUCAUACUUUGGAGAGUUGCCAGGUUUCCUUUUGUUUCUAUCAAUCGGUCUGUUUGUUUGUUUGUUUUCCUCUUGUGUGAAUUUAGACCGAAGAAAAUGUGUGUGGAUCUGAAUCUGUAUUGUCUGCUCUUUGGUGAGACACUGAUCUGAAUUUGUUUUGUUUUGUUUACAUCAUCUGUUAAUAAAAGAUUGGCACCGAA